AUGUCUUCUGCUCCUGCUAAGAGAGAGUUCCUCUGCAUCCUGCCCGAUAAGCCCGGUGCGCAGGCGAAGCGUCUUGAGGUUCGCCCUAACCACCUCGAGGGUGUUAAGCCGCUCGUUGCGUCUGGUGCUAUUGUUGCCGGUGGCGCAAUGCUCAAUGCUCACCCCGCCGAUGGCGAGACCCCCUCUUUCAAGGGAAGCAUGAUGCUUGCUGUUGCGGAGAACGAGGCCCAGGUACUUGAGCUGCUUAACAAGGAUAUCUAUGUCUCCUCUGGUGUGUGGGAUAUGGAGAACGCGCAGAUUAUUCCGUUCAAGUCUGCUGUUCGUGAGGCUUUGUAG